UUUCAUUACCAACCACCGCCAACCAAAAAAUCACCAACCGUUCAGAAUUUUUGUGUAGUUUGUAGAUUGGCUCUGAUUCAAAAGUUGUCUAUAGGUAGUCUAGUUGCUCAUUAAUGAUGGUCUAUCAAACAUAACAAAAAUAAGUACAUAAAUAUAUUGCAAAAUUUGUUCGUAAGUAUAAAUAGCCUCAUUCCCCGGAUCUAUUUUGUUCGUAAGUCAUUCUUCAUCGAUUUGAGAGAAGAGUUUUUUUUUUGAGACCAUCAACAACUACAUAAUACAAUUAUGGAAGUGGUAACUGAUUACCUUGAAAAAGGAAUUGUCCUUGUCAUUGCUGAUUUACUCAGCAUGAUAACAGUUGGCUCUUGUUUGUUUAUCAAAGUUCCCCAAAUCAAAACAAUCAACCAAAAUAAAUCAGCUCAAGGAAUCAGUGUUUUUGGACUAUGUCUUGAAUUGUAUAGCUAUUCUGUAAUGAUGGCAUACAAUUUUCGAAGUGGCUAUGACUUUCUCUCCUACAUGGAGUAUCCGGUGUUGCUAAUUCAGGAAUACGUGCUCGUCUAUUACGUAUUCAAGUAUCAAAAUCUGUUAGGAAGAAAAACCCUCAUUGUCACUGUUUUGUACUUGAUAUUAGCAUAUUUAGUUUAUUUGAGAUUAAUGCCAUUGGUGGUGUUGGCCUUUUUGGUGCCUUUCUGUACUCCAAUUGGAGCCACAAGUAAAGUUCUACAACUAGUGGCUAUUUUAAGAACCAAAGAUUCGCGAUCAGUUAGUUUGACAACGUGGGCACUUUCGGCAUUCACUAAUCUAACUCGAGUGUAUACAGUGCUUGUACAAUCGGCCGAUCCAAUGUUGCUAGCAAACUUUAUGAUAUCUGUAUUUUUAAGCUCCUCAGUAUUUGUGGCAGCUUAUAUUUACAAAAAGCCAAAAACCGUUUAAACACAAAACUAUCGGAAAAAAUUACUUUCUUAUUCAAUUUAAACUAAUUUAUUUCAUUUUUUAUUAAUUUAUUUUAUUUUAACAUUUAAAACUUGUUAUAUAGAAAAAAAGCUCAAAUAUUUUUGAUGUUUCUUAUUAAAAAAAAAAAAAAAAAA